AUGAUCUCGGCGAGCCUUGGGAAACAUUCCGUGAAUGUGGACGUCGUCUCAGAUUCUGACGAUGGCGGCUGGAUGGUGUUUGACAUCACCGCCACCGGCUUCGGUUCCGGAGACAUGUUCUUGCACUGGGGAGUCGGCAAGCAGCACGCGGAGGAGUGGAUCGUGCCUGUAGAGAUCCAGGCACGAACGACGCCAACGGCCAAUCGCGUGCCAGGUGCUUUGCAGACGCCUUUCCCGCCACCCGAUGGUCAGAACGGUCGAAAAGUACGUUUAGAAAUCAACGUUGAUGCUGGCCUGAAGGGCUGCCAGUUCGUACUGCACAAGAAGCCCAACGAGUGGCUCAAGAAUGGGUCCAGGAACUUUUUUCUCGACUUUUCCAAGGUGGCUGACAGCCGUGGCUUUCGGGAGCUUGUCACGGAAGCCACGAAAGCCAAUCCAGCUGCAAAGGUGUCCUGCUACAGCUCAAGCGGCGUGGAAGUGGCAGUUCUAGCAGCUUCGGAGGGUGAGUGCUGCAAUGUACAGGCGAUUGUCCGUUCCGAGCGCGACUUGGUUCUUCAGUAUGGCCCAGCAGGGGACGAUCGGCGAUGGACGUCUUCGACCAGGCUGAGCUUGCAAAACAGCGGCGGAGACAUCUACAAGGGUGAGAUCAAGAUCGAGGCACAGAACCUCAACAAGUAUCUCAUGUUCGUCCUCCACGACCCCAGUGUCAACCAGUGGUUGAAGGAUGCUGGCCGAGACUUUUCCUUCGAGCUGCCCCGAGACAUCUGCAAGACCGUGACCGCGAAGCCGCCGGAGCCUGCACAGACCUUCGACCCGGCACCGCGGCUCCAGAGACGGGCCUCGAAAUUGUUCA